AUGGAACAAAAUGACUUGAUAGAAGGAGCUGCUUUCGGGCAGCAGCAAUGCGAAUCGCAGCAAUAUAUGCCGCCGGGCUUGAACCCAAAGGUAGAAGCCUGGCAGCUUGAGCUUUACUAUUUGCUGGAGUCGAUAGAGGCUUGCCAGCAGCAGUUAGUUCUUCUCUCAGGAGCACACUUUGCAGCAGGGGCAGCCGCUUCCGUUCCAGUUGGGGAUGCAAUUGCAACAGGCCCUGAUGCUUUGCCCGCCAUGGGAGAAUCCAGAACACAGGAGUUAACACUCGACUGUAUCGCGCUAUUGUCUACAGACACAGCCACUCCGGCAGAGCGUAAACAGGCAGAAAUGUCUUUGAUGCAGCUUCAAGGCUCCCCAGGGUACCUCAUUCUGCUGCUACAGUGUUACCUGCGGUGCACAGCCACUUCAGUGGCAGCAGCAGCAGUUGCAGCUAAGGGAGCAGAAGCGGCAUCAGACCGAUUGGUACAACUGGUUGGGAAACUGCCGAGGCCGACCGCAGAUGACACGGAAGCUGCCUUUGCUGCACUUGUGCUGCUCAAGGGAGCAUUACAAGGCCGUCACACAGAACGGAGCUCUAAUGCUGUCCCCAAUGUUCGGCGAGGAGAGUUGGCGUUUGUACAGUCGCUCCUGGUAUGCCUGUACAAGUUGCUGGGCGUCCCUCAGUGCCCUCGUAUCUUCAAAGUAUAUACGGCCCUCCUGCGGCGUGUUGCGCGGGCAGCGGCUACAGCGGCAGCAACAGCGGCAAUAGUAGACAAACUGGAGCAGAUGCUGUCGGAGCAGUCUGUGCAGCAGACGUUGAAUAGUUACUGCAACUACAGCUCUUCCUGGGGAGGCGUAUUGCCGCUCAGCUGCGGGGCCCAAUCCCUUCAACAAAUGGUGCAGGAGGUAGCAGCAUUGGAUGGAGCAGUGCUACUGCUGCUGCUAGAGACUACGGUUUUAAGACUCCUGAGGGCAGCCCAGCGAAAUGACGCUGACACUGCACUGUAUGCGCAUCUUCUCAAGCAUCUGCUCAAGGAGCUGGUAACGGUGAAGAUAAGCACUAGGCAGUUGUUCUCCACCGUCUGCAAGGUCCUAGUACCUUUUCUGCGCCAGCUCGCAGCUGCUUUUGUGGGUCGUCUUCUGCCGUUCCUGAGCGCGCACCUUCAGCUAUUAGGGGAAUGGCAGCAGCUGCAGCUGCGACUCAACAAACAUUUGGGAUAUAUUCAUGGAGGAGCCUCGCAGCAACAGCAGGAUCAGCAGCAAGAGCUCCAGUGGCUGCAGGGGCAAGUGGAACGCAUGCAGCGUGAGACCUUCUCUCAUAGCGAUUGCUGGAAAGAUUUAGCGAAGCUGGUAGCCGAUAUUUCCAGAGCCUUGCUGCUAUGUGAAGCCAGAGCUGGCAGAGCUUUAUGUGGAGUGGGAGAUGUGGGAGCGGUGCAAAAGCUGCAAGAGCUACUGCUGCUGCUGUUGCUGCAACAGCAGCAAGCGGGAAGCUGCAUCGCAUACACGGAUGCCUCCGCAAGAAUUGUGCUCAAGCUGCAAAAGGUGCUGCUUAGAGGCUUCGCUGAGCUGGCGGACUGUCAGCCCUGGGUGUUGGCGAAAAUGAGCAGCGGGUCUGUUUUGAAGCUGCUACUAGCCGCCGUCGAGCACAAUAAGCUCAUCACACACCGCGGCAACGGAGAUCAAAACUCCGACCCACUCCUGCUUUUUCUUGAUUUCGAAUUGAUAAUGAAUGUAGUAGGGGGAUACACAGCCUUUCUGCUUGACAGCAACUCUGGGCAUUCGGAAUUGAAGGGUCUAAGAAGCGACUCGGCCGCUCCUGAAGCAUUCACGGCACAGGAGGAGCGGAGUGCUUUAAUGACCAGAAUGUCUGAGGAUCUUCGGAGCUUUCUCUCAUCAGUUGGGGGGCUACAAAGCCUCAUACAAGACAUCGCUCCUGCUUUCUUCAGGGCAAGCGACGUUGAGGCUCAGGAGUUUCUGUCGCGACCGGAGGAGCUAUACGGGGGACUUGGAUGCGUUGAGGAGGGGUCGACGCCCAUGCGCGAUACUGCGGUUGAGCGGCUUCAUGGGUUGCUGAGUCAGGGCUUGCUGAGCUCAACAUUCGUGCUACGCCUCAUUGUUGAUGCAAACAACGCCUUAGAAAGGUUGACAGUUUUGCCUGCACCUGGAGCGGCUGUGACAGACCCAGCAACAGCUGCUGCUGGUGGCAGCCUAGCAGCAAGUGCGAAUUACCUAGCUCAGCUUAAAGAAGCUGACGGCGUGUUAGCCCUCUUAGCAGCGUCGCUUCAAGGAGCAUCUCGUGCAGGUAUAUUCGAGCCUGAUGAGCAACAACAGCACGAGGACCUUGGAGAGCAACAACAACAUCGGCAUAAGGUGGUUGUUCAGAUUCUAGGGACUGAGGCCCCUAUUCCAUGCACGUCUCCAUCUACACAGCAGCAGCUGCAACAGAUAUUGCAGCAAUUCAGCCACAUGUCGAGUCUGUUGAGGCGGUUCAUCACCACUGGUCCGUUUGCUCCUGCGGUGGCAGCAGCAGCAGCAAGCAAGGAUCAGGAGACAUCAGCGGCUUUCGCCAUCGUUGCUGCGCGCUGCUGCUCCGUCCUGAAGUUGCUAUUGCAAAUGCAUUCUGCAAUGCUUCCAGCCGACUUCUGCGAAGUAUUCUUCGCCCUUGUAGAAGAUUUGCUUGUCCCGCAGCCCCUUAUAAAGGUGUUGGUGGGCAGGCACAUUGCCUUGAGGCAACAACAGCAAGUGCUGCUUUUGCAGCAGCAGCAGCAGCAGCAGGAGCUGCAGCAGCACCAGAAGCCACAUGAGAUGCAACAGCUGCAGUUUAGGUUGCAGGAGCUAGAGACUCUGGUAGAGGCCGCUCUCACAGCGCCGCUUUUCCAAGCUGUAACGAAUUGUGUGCAAGUGGGGGCAUUGAGCGUUGCCAGGACAAUGAUCAAUAGCAGCAUUGAGCAGCAAGACCUGAGGCAGCCAAGCCAGCAGCAGCAACUGCAGCACGAGCUGUUGAAAUUGCCAUUCAGGGAAAUCCAGAGGCCUUUCUUGCUACUUCUGGCCCAGAGCAAUCGCAGCCUUUGGAGCAGUAGGUUGCUGAAGAUUCUGCUUCUGAUGCAGUCAGAGGCCCGCGAAGAGCUGCAGAAGAAGCCUUUGCAGGACGAUUUUUUCGAUUUCUCAGAUCUGCCGAACUACAGUGAUGUGGCCUAUUUGCGGCGCAUCAUUAUGCACAGCUGCAGCAACGGCACCACCGGUGGGGGCGAGUUCCGGUGCUCACAGGUGUAUGAUCAGCUUCUGAGCCAUUUCAAGGCCUACAGCAACGAUGAGGCAUUGCAGGUGCUGCUUCUGACCUUCUUGCAUGGAGCGAUGCUAAUAGGGAGGCCAGAAGUGCCUCUACGCUUCCCAGCAGGGACGCCUGCUGCGCCUGCAUUGCCAAUGGGACUGCUCACUGCCGCCCUUCAGGCUGCUGGAUGGGCAAUGGGAGCAGGUGCCAAAUCGGAUGUGCCCGCUGAGCCAUCAGGAGCAUUGCAGCGUUGCGGCCUCCGCCUGUUUGCCGGAAUUAUCAGAGCGGCUGACCCUCUUCGCCAUCCUCAGGAGGAGUUGACGCUGUUGUUGCAAGUGCUACCAGCGGUCGCCGACAUGCGCCUGACGGUGGCGGAGGCACAGCAACCUCUCCUGUUGCUGUGCCUGCUAGAAGCCACAGCUCUCUGUAUUGUAGUGGGUGCUUCCCCAGUAAUAUCUUCGCAAGUGCGGCAGAUGGCGAGCCCGCUGUUACCGUUGGUGUAUAAUUCUGUGGAGACCAGAAUGGCUCAGAGCUCUUGUCUAAGCAAAGUCGUGCAACAACAGUUAAGGGCAUGCGCGUUGCUGAUUUUACUGUUGCUGCUGCUGGACCGUGGAGACUGGCCAGCCCUGGAGAAGCUGCUACAAGAGGCUUUGGCAGAAACAGCUAUCCGUGCAUCGGUAACUGUCGACGGAGAUGGGAGACAGGAGGUCUGUGGGAGUCUUCCUGUGCUUUGUUGCUGGGGCUUGCGGCACCCUCUGAAAUUUGUCGCUGCUGCCGCAGGUGCUCUUGCUUCCACAGCAGCAGACGUGCGGCAGGAGUUUAUGGGACCGUUUAUGUUUGCUCCGCAAGAUGUGCAAGUUAGCGAACUGCUUCUCAGGUUUGCUGCGGAGAUGCUGGCCACAAAGCGGGCCGCAUAUUUCCGCUUGCUGGCUAUUUCUUUUGCGACUCUUUCUUUGCAUAUCAUUUCGAGAGCCUUGUCAAUAGUCCCAUCUUAUGCUCCUGCGGGCAGCAGCAGCGACUGCACACUCGAGCUACUUCAGCAGAUAGCGGCAUUGCACAUGGAACGGUGUGCUGCUACCCUUGAAUCUGCUGUGCAGCUCAUCACACAUGCUGUAGCAGCUUCCAACGGCAGCAAAGGCACAGCUGAAAUUCGCGCUCAAUCAGGUGGAACCGAGGGAAUUUCUACGGGGCCUUCGGACCUUUUGGUGUCGUCUUACUUGGAGAGGCAACUACUGUCUUUAAGUGGUGAAGCCGCUUCGGGUGCUGCUGCUGCUGCUGCUGCUUUGCAGCAGCCUGCAUGCCCUCCUGGAGAGCUGCGGCGUUGUCUCGCUUUGCUGCACAUCAGCCUUAGUGGGGCCUCCCUAGAAAGAGAAGACUGGAAAGACGGCCUAGCCGAGCUGCUUGCCGACGCCCUUCACACGGCGAAAAAUUGUCUUUUCGCGCUGCGAUGCAUCGCUUCGGGCGCUGCCUUUGUUUACCCUGGUGGCCCGCCUCUGCUGAGUUGCAUCUUAGAAGGGCCCCCGACGAAGGCAUCAUUAGGGCUCCCCACCCAGGAUUCAGUUACGGCCUGGAGAAGCCUUCUUAGCGCUGAGAGGCAGAGCUUCCUUGAAGCACAGCUCAGGGGCAUCACGCUGCUGUAG